UCUGUCACCGGUUCCAUCGCUGCGAUUCCGUCAUUUCUACGAUGUCACACAUUUUGGUGAAGUGGCCCAAGCAAAACGCAUGGGACGUUUAUCCGAUUCGUGUUCUCGUGGACGUCGAACUCGGCAGAAAACUGUCCGUGCACCCCGAACACGUGGAAGCCAUCCAAGGAAAAGUGCUUGUGAGAUGGAAGGAGUGCACAAAACCGGCACGGGCAUAUAUCUUGGCAGUUGGCACAGAGUCUGCCAUGGAACGGAAGCGAACAAAAAUUGUAAAUGAAUGCCUCUCCCAAGCCACUGCUUCGUCCAUGUCGGACACCGAAGACACGGCGGAUGAGGACCCGUGCUGCAGCCACCUCCAGGAAAUUGAUGCUCUAAGACGGGAGAACCAAGAGCUCCAAGACAAGCUACGGAAAGCUGAGGAGGCCCUUGCUACUGUCCAACAAGCACAAUAUAAUAUGCACAAUGUCACACAGAUCUCACUCAAGUUCAUAUACCACGAGUCCGACGAAAAUCUCAGCAGCCCAUUGUACUACGAAGAGAUGGAUAAAUGGAAAACUGAGGCACUGUUAGUGACUGUACUGAAAUCUCAACACAUGGCACACUGUUCAGCGUCCCCUGUGGAUGGCACAUGUCUGUCGCAUUGUCUGUGGAUGGCAGCAACUGCUGGCAUCUUUGGCAAAGUACAAACCCGCCACCUUGGAACGUCAAGGACAAGAGAUUCGUCGAAGAUGGUCAAGCGGCUGAAGCGGCUGGUGGAGUCGGACAUGGGCAAAGGGCAGUCAGCCACUGUAGUUGCUGAGCCUCAGGUGGAUAUAGGUGGGGGCGUCCUGGUAGGAAGCCACCACCUGACGUAUUUGAAAAGCCGGUGCGAAGGGAAUGCUACAAAGUUCGCCAGGGCCCUCUUGAGGGUUCUCUUCUCUCCUGAAGAGUUGCGCGGGAAAUCCCUCUUCGGCGUGGCAUCGAAUGCCCACAAGAACAAGGAAGCAAAGGAGGGGCUUGACAGGAAGAGAGUAAACGCAUUGAUUGGUAAGCGCAUUUCAUGGUGGAUCUUGUCCAUUUGCUUGCCUUAG